GCUGAGCAUGCGUAAAUAAACGUGGCGGGACGUAUGUGUCAUGGCGCUCUCCAUCUAAAGUCUGUGCAGCUUCCGGAGAGUGGCGGGUUGAUUCUCUCACUUUGGACUGGUUUUUACUUCCCGACUUCUGGACUCAUCUUUCAAGAGGACUUUAGACUAAUUGCAGAUAAUUAAGAGAAUAUGCCUUCUGCAUCCUGUGAUACACUACUGGAUGACAUCGAAGAUAUCGUGUCUCAGGAAGAUUCAAAACCACAAGAUAGGCAUUUUGUAAGAAAGGAUGUUGUCCCGAAGGUACGAAGGCGAAAUACCCAAAAAUAUUUGCAAGAGGAAGAAAACAGUCCACCAAGUGACAGCACUAUUCCAGGCAUACAGAAGAUUUGGAUACGAACAUGGGGUUGUUCUCAUAAUAAUUCAGAUGGAGAAUAUAUGGCUGGACAGCUAGCUGCUUACGGCUAUAAAAUUACAGAAAAUGCAUCCGAUGCAGAUUUAUGGCUCCUGAACAGUUGCACUGUAAAAAAUCCAGCUGAAGACCACUUUAGAAACUCAAUUAAAAAAGCUCAAGAGGAGAACAAGAAAAUCGUACUGGCUGGAUGCGUUCCUCAAGCCCAGCCUCGCCAGGACUACCUUAAGGGACUGAGUAUCAUUGGGGUUCAACAGAUAGAUCGUGUGGUAGAAGUUGUGGAGGAAACAAUUAAAGGUCACUCUGUGAGACUGCUGGGUCAGAAAAAGGAUAAUGGAAGGCGGCUUGGGGGAGCACGAUUGGAUUUGCCGAAGAUUAGGAAGAAUCCACUGAUAGAAAUCAUUUCCAUCAAUACCGGGUGUCUCAAUGCUUGUACCUACUGCAAAACUAAACACGCCAGAGGAAAUUUGGCCAGUUAUCCAAUUGAUGAACUAGUAGAUAGAGCCAAACAAUCUUUUCAAGAGGGUGUUUGUGAGAUAUGGUUGACCAGUGAAGACACGGGGGCUUAUGGCAGAGAUAUUGGCACCAAUCUCCCCACACUCCUGUGGAAACUGGUUGAAGUGAUUCCUGAGGGAGCAAUGCUGAGGCUUGGCAUGACAAAUCCACCCUAUAUUUUAGAGCAUCUGGAGGAAAUGGCAAAAAUCCUUAAUCACCCCAGAGUCUACGCUUUUCUGCACAUACCAGUCCAAUCUGCCUCCGACAGCGUACUCAUGGAAAUGAAAAGAGAAUACUGUGUGGCUGACUUCAAAAGAGUAGUGGAUUUUCUGAAAGAGAAAGUUCCUGGAAUAACUAUUGCUACAGAUAUUAUCUGUGGUUUUCCUGGAGAAACAGAUCAGGAUUUUCAAGAAACAGUGAAACUUGUUGAAGAGUACAAAUUCCCCAGCCUCUUUAUUAACCAAUUUUACCCAAGACCAGGAACUCCUGCUGCAAAAAUGGAACAAGUUCCAGCACAAGUGCUCUGUCUAGGUGGCAGGGGAACAAAGGAAUCAGAAAGCCCAUUGAGAAGACACUGCAAGAGACAGAUUUGGAAACUAAAAAAGCAAAGGACAAAAGAUCUUUCUCGGGUAUUUCAUUCUUACAGUCCAUAUGAUCACAAGAUUGGUGAAAGACAACAAGUGUUAGUAACAGAAGAAUCUUUUGAUUCCAAGUUUUAUGUUGCACACAAUCAAUUCUAUGAGCAGGUUUUAGUGCCAAAGAACCCUGCGUUCAUGGGGAAAAUGGUUGAAGUGGACAUCUAUGAAUCAGGCAAACAUUUUAUGAAAGGGCAGCCGGUAUCUGAUGCCAAAGUGUACACGCCCUCCAUCAGCAAACCACUAGCAAAGGGAGAAGUCUCAGGUUUGACAAAGGACUUCAGAAAUGGGCUUGGGAGCCAGCUGAGUUCAGGAUCCCACACCUCUGCUGCAUCUCAGUGUGACUCAGCGAGUUCCAGAAUGGUGCUGCCCAUGCCAAGGCUGCAUCAAGACUGGGCGCUGAGGAUGUCCGUGGGCUUGGCUCUGCUGGCUCUUCUUUUUGCUUUUUUUGUCAAGGUCUAUAAUUAGAAUACAACUAAUUGAAGCAUCUGUAAAGAAGAAUACAUUUCUAAUUAAAAUCUUCAAUGAACAGGAAAGCGACACCUCCGUUCUCCAAGGGCAAUAAUUUGUACUGGUCAUGCUGCCUCCUCUUCAGCCACUCUUCUUAAUGAGGCUCCCCCUGUCUCACAUUGAGUUGGGCCCAUUGGUUAUUUGACCUAAAACCUAAUCACGGCUACCAUAGCACAUCCUUCAAAUUAAACUGCUUUUGGUUUACUUUUAGCAAGAAACGCAAGCGGUUGCAUUUUUGUUUGUUUGUUUCUAUCUCCAAUCUUUAAGUCAGAACCUAAUUGUACAGUGGCUCUGGCCAUCUUUUCCUCAUGUGGAAGAAUUUUCUAUCUUUAAUAAACUUUUUCUUUUUUUUUUUUUUCCAGAUGGAGUUUCGCUCUUGUCGCCCAGGCUGGAGUGGUGCAGUGGUGCGAUCUCAGGUCACUGCCACCUCUGCCUCCUGGGUUCAAGCGAUUCUCCUGCCUCAGCCACCCAAGUAGCUGGGAUUACAGGCAUGCACCACCAAGCCCAGCUAAUUUUUUUGUGUUUUUAGUAGAGAGGGAGUGAGUUUCACCAUGUUGGCCAGGCUAGCGUCAAACUCCUGACCUCAAGUGAUCCGCCCGCCUCGGCCUCCCAAAGUGCUGGGAUUACAGGCAUGAGCCACUGCGCCCAGCCUCUUUAAUAAACAUUUUUAAGUGCAUCUUCCCCUUCAGGCUUUGUUUGGAGUCCCAGUGCUACAAACAUUGUAUUUUUCACAGCAGAUGUGUUCCUGAAAAGUGUAUAGAAACCUGUUCUGGGAACUUGAAUGCUUUUGGAAUGCACGGGGAGAGUCUGCCAGCUAAAGGACUCCUGGCAACAUUCUGUGAAAUAUGAAACUGAAAAACUGAUUUGUCGAAAACAAAUUGUGCCCAUUUUCUCACAUUUUUGAUCCAUUAGGGUUUUUGUUGUUGUUGUUUGUUUUGUUGUUGUUGGUUUUUUUUUUUUUUUUUUUUUUUUUGAGUCAAGGUCUCACUCUGUCACCCUGGCUGGAGUGCAAUGGCACUAUCUUGGCUCAUUGCAGCCUCGACCUCCUGGACUCAAGUAGUCCUCCUACCUCAGCCUCCCUAAUAGCCAGGACUACAGGCACAUACCACCAUGCCCAACUAAUUUUUUAAUUUUUUGUAGAGAUGAGUGUCACUAUGUUGCCCAGGCUUGUCUGGAACUCCUAGCCUCAAGCAGUCUUCUCGCCUCAGCCUCCCUAAGUGCUGGGAUUACAGGCGUGAGCCACUCCACCCAGCCCAGAUUUAAUGUUUUUAUUUCCACCUGCCAUCACUGGUCUUUACUAAGUGAAGUGACUUCUUUAACAAUAAAUGGAAUUGGUAUACUAAGCAAA